CAUGGUGCGAUCGAAAAUCGAGGAGACAGAGAUAGAGAGAAGGCAAGUGCUGACCUGAAUUUACUCUUGCUACAAAUCAUGUCGAGCGCAGUAGUAAGCGGCAUCGCCGGAGCUGGAGGAGGAAUCAUCGCUCAGAUUAUCACUUAUCCUCUCCAAACGGUGAAUACACGUCAACAAACAGAGAGAGUUGCUAAGAAAUCUCCUUCCAAAAGUCAGUCAAACGGCAGUACGCUCAUUCAAAUUCUGCAGGUGGUGAGAACGGAAGGAUGGGGAGGUCUUUACAGUGGCUUGAAGCCUUCUCUCCUUGGAACUGCUGCUUCCCAGGGUAUUUAUUACUAUUUUUAUCAACUGUUAAAGAACAAAGCUGAAGCCAUUGCACUUGCCCGCAAAGCCAAAGGACGCGGGGAUGGUACUGUUGGCAUGUUUGGUUGGCUAGUUGUUGCUGCUAUUGCAGGGUCCUUGAAUGUACUAUUCACUAUCCCAAUUUGGGUUCUUGUAACUCGAAUGCAGACUCAAACCCAAGCAGAGAGGAAAAUCAUGGAUGCAAAAAGAGAAGCUCUAUUACAGGAAGCUUCUGAAACCGAUCCCGUUGGUUUUGAGCUGCAAGAAAAAUUGGCUGAACUUGAGGCUACAAGGCCUCGUUCUUAUGGAACGCUACGUGCGGCAUCUGAGGUUUACCAUGAAGCAGGAAUUAAGGGAUUCUGGAAAGGCAUCAUUCCGACGCUAAUAAUGGUCUGCAAUCCCUCUAUCCAGUUUAUGAUUUAUGAGAGUUCUUUAAAGCAUCUAAAGGCAAGACGUGCUGUUAAGAAUAAGAGUCCAAAGAGUGUAACUGCUUGGGAGGUAAUAUGCCCCCUUGGAAUGGAUCUGAAUUCAGAUUCAGAUCCAGAUCCACAAAUAAAAAUUUUGAAUCUAAGUUUUGUUUUUAAACGUCAACAGGUUUUCCUGUUGGGUGCAUUGGCCAAAUUGGGGGCAACCGUUACAACAUACCCCUUAUUAGUUGUUAAGUCAAGGCUUCAAGCAAAGCAGGAAAUCGGUGGAAACAAGGCACUUAGAUAUUCAGGUACUGUUGAUGCGAUUGGGAAGAUGAUUCGAUACGAAGGAUUAUCAAGCUUCUACAAGGGAAUGAGCACAAAGAUAGUACAAAGUGUUUUCGCGGCCUCUGUUCUUUUCAUGGUGAAGGAAGAAGUUGUCAAGGCUUCUGCUUUAUUAGUAGAUAAGUAUUCAAAAGCCAUAGUAUGAUUCUUUGUACAGAAAUUAUUCUAUUCAUCAAAUCAGAAAUUAUAUAGCAGUGGUGAGAAUGUGAGAUAAUAAGGUUUAAAUUGAAAGUCUUAUGGAAUUAAGAAGAAUUUAGUGUUUGGAAGAAAUUUGCCAAAACUUAUGGAUUUAUUUCUUCAAG